AUGAGCAUUUUUAUAAAUAAAUAAAUAAAAUGUCGACAGAGAGCCAAUAUAUUAAUUUUUUUGAAACAAAGAUUGUUAUUUAUUAAAAAUAAAAUUAUUUACAGAAAAUAUUUAAUUUAAAAUUAUAUUAUUAUUUUUUUAAAUAAAUUUAGUUAAAAUGAAAAUAUAUAAUUAAAGAUUAAAAUUAUAAUAAUUUUAUAUAAUAUUAUUCUAAACUCUAUAAAUUUAUUUUUACAUUAAUGUUUUUAUGAUUUUUUUUUAAUCAAAUAUUUGUUCUUUUAUUUUUUAUAAAAUUUAGAAUUUAAGUAAAAAAGUUAAAAUUCUUUCUUUAUAUUUUAAAGUAUAAAAAAAAUUAAUAAUAAUAAUAAAAAUGUUAAAAUAAACAUUAAAACCUAAAAUAACAAAUCAUAUUUGUAAAUUUCUUUCUAAUUGGGAAAUCGAAUUUUAAGAAAAAAAACAUUAGCAUCCCCAAUUGAUUAAAUGUUAAAGAAUUAUUUAAAAUAAAAUAAAUCAAUAGGCAGUUCAGACAGAAAACUUGUUGCUGAUAAUAUAUAUAAAAUGGUUAGAAAUAAAACGUAUUUAGAUACAAUAACAUUUAAACCCAUUUCAUGGGAAAAAAGGUUAGAAACAAUGUAUACUGAAAGAUUUAAAACAAUGCAAGAAAAUACAUCGCUUUUACCGUAAAAAUUACAAUAUAGCUUAAAAUUUAUAAUAUUAUAUUAAGACAUUGUAAAUUCACAUGGAGAAAAGAAAGCUUUUGAAAUUUGCAAAUCCUAAAUGUUCAAAGCUCCACUUACAAUAAGAGUUAACCCUUUGAAAAUUGAAAGAGACCAACUACUUUAAAAAUGGUAAGAAACACAUAAAUUAGGAGUUAGAGCAACUUCUCAUUCUCCUUAUGGAAUAAAAUUUACAACCACAAAAAGCGAAAAUCUUUUUGAAAUGAUUGAAUAUAAUUAAGGAUAUUUCGAAAUUUAAGAUGAAGCUUCGUAACUUGUGGCUUUAGAAGUAAAAUGUUCACCAGGUUAAAAAAUACUAGAUUAUUGUGCAGGAUCAGGUGGAAAAUCUUUGGCUUUUGCUCAUCUUAUGGAAGGAAAAGGACAAUUAUAUUUACAUGAUAUAAGAAAUUAAGUUUUAAUAGAGGCCAAAAAAAGAUUUAAAAAAGCAGGAAUAUAGAAUGUUUAAUUUCAUAAUUAAGAAAGCUUAAAUGAGAAAAAAUAAUUGUUAAAAAAUAAGUUUGAUUGGAUAUUAUGCGAUGUUCCUUGCACAGGAACUGGUACUUUAAGAAGAAACCCAGAUUUAAAAUAUAAAUAUAAUAAAGAUAGAUUAAAAUAUUUUGUAGAUUUAUAAAAAGGUAUAUUUAAAGAAGCUAUUGAAUAUUUGAAUUUGGAUAAUGGAAAAAUUGCUUAUUCUACUUGUUCAAUUUUAAAUGAAGAAAAUUAAUUUUAAAUCGAACAUUUUUGUGAGUAAUUUAAUCUAAAAGUUGUUGAAAAGCCUUUUCAAUCUUUAACUGAUUAAAAUAGCAGUAUGGACGGAUUCUUUUGUGCAGUUUUGGAAUCUAAGAAUAAGAAAUGAUGAACUUAAUAAGAUUAUUUAAAAAAUAAUAUAUUUUUUAUAAUACAUAUACGUAUAUGUAAAAUAAUUUUUUUCAAUUUAUUCGCUAGUUUAAAUAGAAA